GGUUUUGCAACUGUUUGGCUAACCGGGCAGAUUUCCGAUCCCUAUUUGAGCAUUAUGAAUUCGUUUUCUUUCAUACUUUCGACAGCUUAAGUUUUAAAAGAACUUUUAAGCCCAUUAAAUUCAAAUUCCACGCCUCCAAAACAUUGUAUGAAGCAGUCUGAUCUACCACUUGGUUAAACUGAAGUUUUUAUUGCCAAAAGGUUUUUCAAUCCAGCUGGCUGUGAUUCUAGCGUCGAGUCGUAUUACUGGCAUUUUUCCGGCUUUUCCUCAGUUUUGGUACAUGGGUCGACACCUCAACACAUCACUUCACAUUCUCUCCCAACUUAUAGAGUAAAACUACAUUCUUUAAAAGUACAAUUUUCAACCUCUUGUGAAACCCUAACUUACCAGUCUCAUUCGGGGGAAAACCGAUGAAUUUGCUGCGCCGGCAGCCUCGGCUGCUAAGUAAGCGGGGCACGUGGCUCCUGAGGGAUUACGUGGUGGCCAGCGGGGAUGUGUCCAAAUCCGUUUCCCGUCCUGCGGCGCCUAUGUCCACCCUAUCGAUAUCCGGACCAGCGCUGGCUGCCGCCGCCUCAGUAUCCGCAGUAUCCGCCGUAUCCCUGGUAUCCCAGUGCACCCACUCCCGUUUCCAAGGAGCAGGACAAGGAGCAGGAGGAAGAGCCCAAGGAGGAUCAGCCGCCAGAGGAUCAGCCGCCGGAGGAUCAGCCGCCGGAGGAUCAGCCGCCGGAGGAACCGCCGCAAGAAGACAGUACUCCGGAUCCGCCAAGCCCGGAGGAGCGUCCACCGGAAAGCCAUCUUCGGGCAAAGCCCCACCAGCUCCCCCAGCUCCUCCACCACCUCCCCCACCUGCAGCAAGCAAAUCUGCACCCCCCGUGAAAGCCAAGAAGCCGCGAAUGAAGAGCUUCGAGAUCUACCGCUGGAAGCCCGGGGAUCAGCCGCAGACGCAAACCUACUUGGUGGACCUGGAGCAGUGCGGCGCCAUGGUGCUGGACGCCCUGAUCAAGAUCAAGAACGAGAUGGAUCCCACGCUGACCUUCAGGCGCUCCUGUCGCGAGGGCAUCUGCGGCUCCUGUGCGAUGAACAUCAAUGGAACGAACACCUUGGCAUGCGUGUCGUCCAUCGACCAGAAUGAGAGCAAGUGCUGCCGCAUCUAUCCACUGCCGCACUUGUAUGUGGUGCGGGAUCUGGUGCCGGACAUGAGCCAGUUCUACGAGCAGUACCGCUCCAUCCAGCCGUGGCUGCAGCGCAAGGACCUCAAGCGGGAAGCUGGAACGGCACAGUAUCUGCAGUCGGUGGAUGAUCGUCUGGUGCUGGACGGGCUGUACGAGUGCAUCCUGUGCGCCUGCUGCCAGACCUCCUGUCCAUCCUACUGGUGGAACAGCAACAAGUACCUGGGCCCCGCCGUCCUCAUGCAGGCCUACCGCUGGGUCAUUGAUUCCAGGGACGAGGCCACCGAGCAGCGACUGGACUUCCUCAAGGAUCCCUGGAAGCUCUACCGCUGCCACUCCAUCAUGAACUGCACCAACACGUGUCCCAAGCACCUCAAUCCGGCUCGGGCCAUCAUCCAGCUGAAGCAGCUGCUCGUGGGUCUGAAGAAGAAGGGGAAGCCCCAACUAAAGACCGACGCCCUCUUCGCGGGAAAGGCAUAGGGAACGGCACACUGAGAUGUCGACAUAACGUUAAUGGGAUUUGUGUAGGAAUGCUACACCAAUCUGUACACAGCGGGCAAUAUACCAACGACACAUCCCAUCACACUAUAUUUUAACACAGGACUUUAUGGACUUUACGAUAGUUAGGUCGGAAACAAUAAAUGCGGAACUGAAACUA